UCGAAUGGACCAUAUCUUCAUUUUCAUCUGUUUUUCUUCUCUCCUCUCGAUCUCUCAUCUUAAUCCUCUCAAUCUCUCCAUAGCUUCUCUCAAUCUCUGGACGAAAUUGUUUGGGUGGAAGAAGACAAAAACGAAGCUCAUGGCUUGGAGGAAAACGGCGACAGUGAAGCGCAGGAGCUGUGGCGAAGGAGGCGCUGAAGCGGAGGUGGAGGCGCGGCAGACUCGUCUCGGUCAAGCACUCUGUUGGCUUCACCUACUCACCACCUUCACAGAUCUGAGAAGCAGUAGUGAUGAAACAGGAAAGAGAAGCAGUGGUGUGACAGAGAGUGUCUCCGGUUAAGGGUGGUGCGUUGGUGAUGCAAAGGCCGUUGGUGGUGCAAAAGCAGUUGAUGGUGCGGCGAUGGUGUGACAGAGCG